UUCAUCAUUUUUUUGCUUCUUGUCCUCCAAUUUGUUCAGAAUGGAUUCACUUGCUUAUGGUGAACCUUAUGGCUCGUCGAUAGUAUCUCAGUCAACCUUAAAGCGUACUUGUAGUUUGUCCAAGUUUAAGGGCACCAAUGAAAUAUCUUCAUCUUCAUCUACAGCCUCGUCUUCAUCGUUUAGCUCUUCAUCAAGUGAAUUUGUAACCGUGGUUGAGGUUGAUGAAAACCUGAAAAAGAGCCGUCAACAGAAAUUUCCUUUUAUUGAAUGUGAAAAUAAUCCAUCGUCAAUGAUUAUGUCAACAUCAAUAACACCAUCAGUGAAACAAACAACAGACAUUGGAUCAACAAUAGAGCCCUUUGUAACUGUCUUGGAGGUUGGAAAUCAAAAUCAAAAUAGGCAAACAAAUGGCCGUGACACAGGUAACAUAAUCAACAAUAAUAAUAUUGUCAUCACCACAAACGACAAUCAUGUCAAUAGUCACAAUGAUAAUAAUGGCAAUAAUAACAAUAAUAAUGAUAAUAAACAGCUGAGUACCACUUUACUCGAGAAAAACAUUGUUAAUCGUUAUCUCAAGACGAAAACACUUGUUGAACAGGUGACUGUUUACAGGCUUCCCGGUGAACGUUUAGGGAUGACACUCAAAUUUGAUGGAGGUGCUAAUCUGGAUGAGACAAUUGAAAAUCUUUACAUUCAAAACAUUAAUCCUGAUUCACCAGCAUCCCGAAUAUCUGGCUCUGUUUUAGGUAGACUCUGUGAAGGUGAUGAAAUUUUAGACAUUGCCGGUGAACCAGUAAACACAAUGACGCGAAAAGAGUGUGUAGCUGCUCUUGGAGAUGCUCCAAUUUGCUUCAAAAUGUUAGUUAAACGACAAGAAACCGUUUCUGUUGCUGAAACAACAGCUCCGUUACAGUCAACAGUGGAUGGUACAGCGUUAACCACAACACCGCAAACUGGAGAGGUUGACUACCAUAAAGCAACCUUACGAAGAGUCGACUCUGAAAAUGCACUCACACCACCAAUGCGAACCCGCCGACAACCACCUCCAGUACCACCAAGAAAUUCAACUACUUCGCUAACCAGUGGCAAUAGUUUUCGCUCACCAAUUAAACCUCCUGCACGUAAAAGGCCUUCUCAACCACCACCACUACCUCCGAGACGAGCCAAGGAUACAACUGGUAAAUCUGUGACCAGUAAUCGACCGCCAUCUGAUCUUCAGACUGUUAGUAUUAAUGGCAACAGCGGAUCUUCUGGUGAUACUGUUAUACAAACCAAUACUGGUUACUCCGGUGUUUCCGUUGACUCUCAUCAAAUUGUUUCUUUGGUCAACUCAAAUGGCACUUCUUCCGUGAUUGUUGAUUGUAGCCAUAAGGGAUUAGAACCGGAUCUAGGUAUGACAGUAAAAUCCAUGCAAACACCAAAAGAUAAUGUUAAAUUGCCAGCUAACAACCAAUUAAAGAUUAACGAUGUGGACUUUAGUGAUUCACAAGAUUUAUCUUUUGACUCUACCACAAUGGGAACACCUUACUUGAACGGUACUAGUGAAAUGAUUAUCCAAGGGAUCAAAACAACGGACACCAAGAAUAGUAGAGACAAAUCUAGUUUAUUUGAUAAAUCUAGAAAUAUUUACGAUGCACUUUUACCAGCACCACCAGAGCUUUACAUGGACACAGUCUCACCCAAAGUAAAUUUGGGUAUCGAAUCGGAUUCUGAUGAUACUGGAAGCUCAGUAUCAACUAUCAUUGAAAGAUUCUCCUUUACUGGUAAUUCGUGCCCAUCAAGUGAUUCAUCUUCCAAUGGUUCAAUAAAUAACAGUUUCAGACUCCCUGUAACCGGAUCCAACAAUGUAACAUCAGUACCUUCAUCUUCAUCACCAUCUCCAUCAUCCACUGUCAUUACCUCCAACACAUCUGGAAACCUUUACAAUUCAUCCUUUUCAUCAUCCUUAAAUCAUGAUUUGGGUAAAGUUCUUGAUCCUUUUGAGAAACUUCGUCGUGAAUUUGAUGAAAAAGGGUCUUUAGAAGAGCUUAUUGCUGAAGCUAAAUCCGGUUUUUCAUUGGAUAAUCUUAUACAUGAAAAGAAUGAACCACGAUCAAACCGAUCAUCAUCAACUGAUACAUCAACAGCCACAACAACAAUAAAUAGUAAUUUAUUGUCAGCAAAUCAAUCUUCAUUUCCAUGCUCAAUUCUUGGACCGCCAACUCACCAAGCUCCAUCACCACCGAUACCUUCACUUCCUCCCCUUUCACCUUCACGGUAUGAGGUUAACUUGGAUGAUUAUGAUGACAUUCAAAGCAUCUCAUUAACAUAUGAAGGCAAUAAUAGCAAUUCAACACCCUUCUGUGAGCCAAUCGUUGAGCCACCAAAAAGCUUUAGCAAUACCUUUCCAAUCAUAAGGGAAGAAGGUGAAAGCAGUCUUGAAUACGAUGAUGUAAAUGGUGGUCAAAAAACCUCUUCAAAAGUGGACGAAAAUUUUAUCAUGUCAGCAGCUGAUGCAGCAAUAGCAGCAGCUGAUUCCGUUACAUUGGACGCUCAAGAGAUUCUAUCAAUUGUUGAAAACAUGAAACUGGAUGAAGAUUUAACACUGAUACCAUCAAUUGAAGAGCCAGUAACAGUUAAACAAUUGAAUAUAGAGCAACAGCAAAGCUACUCCGUGCAUGAGGAAGAUGAAGAAGAAACCAAUUUGCCUAAGUCACCAGUCAACGGACAUUCUCCCCUUUCACCAUCUUCCUCAUCUGCUUCCUCUUCAUCUUCUUCCACUCUUCCAGUAACCUCUGAUGUAUCAAUAACCGAUGGUGAAGAAGAUAAAACGAUCCCAUCUUUAUCAUCCCUGUCUGGAUCAUCUGAGAGAAAAGCCAUUAAUUCUUACGAGCUUAAUCCCGGUGAAUCAAAGUCUAUACUAUCUCCAGAUGAAACGUACACCGAUCAUCACCAUAGAAUGAAUGGAGAUCGAAAUGGCCAUGUUAGCCGACAUUCAAGCAUUUGUAGCAACUCAAGCAACGAUUCAUCUCCGUCUUCAUCUUCACUGGUAUCAACAUCUCCACCAUCGUCACCCUCUUCAUCCAUGAUUUCACCCUAUUCAACCUCAUCAUCUACGUCAUCCUCUUCUCCAUGCUCCAGUGACCCAAGGUCAUCCCCAGGCAGAUUGACCCGUUGCAGCAAAUCCAGUACUCGAGCCUCCACUACAGGACAAUCUGUAAACUCAUUGAUCCCUAAAAUGGUUGAAUUGCCCAAUCGUAUUACUUCUCGAUCAGCUGGAAUGUUGAGUCGAAAAAGUAAAUCAACUCUAAAUCUUUCGUCCUUCUCUGACUUUGACUUUAAACCAAGUCUGAUUCCACGGCCAAUAACUAGCAACACCAAACCAUCCAAUAUAACCACUGGUUUAAACAGUUUACCACGAUCACAUCAUAACAAUUGUAAUGGUUAUAUCGGAAGUUUAAAUAAUGGUACAGGCUUGAAUGGUAAAGGUAACCAUCAUCAUAAUCAUCACUCUAACCAUAAUAAUCAUACCAAUAACCAUCAUCAACAGUCAACUUACAUGAAUGGGUCAAGCAAAAAUGGUUCAAUUAUCAGGCGAUCAAAAAGCAUUGAGAAUAUGAGAUCAUUAGCUUACAGUGUAAGCUCAAUAUCAUUAUCGUCUUCCCCAUCAAAUGGUCAAGAUAAUGGUCGUCGAGUAGGAGGAGGUGUUGAUUCAUUUGGACGAUCAAAGGUUAAAUCAAAAGACCAUUCAUUAAUUUUCACAUCCUCCAUCAAUAAAAAUGAAUCUGCCAAAAAAGUCGAGUCGCCAUCAUCUUUAUCUUUUCUCCCUUCCAACACUAACCACAACAAUUAUCAUCAUCAUAAUGGAAGCACAAUCAACAACAAUCACUUUUAUAAUUACAAUAAUCACCAAACCAAUGGUCAAGCAAAACCAGCAAACAACUCGUGCAAUAAUAGGAAAUCAUCAUUGGUCCGAUGUACGGAGAGGAAUCUAUUUAAUGCUGAGUUUACCCGAAGUAAAUCAUCGUUAACAUCAUCCGGUGUUAACAUAUUGUCUACUUCAUCGUCUCUUUUACCUUCCUCGUCAUCAUCAGCAUCAUCAUCAUCAUCACCUUCAUCGUCUGCAUCGUCAACAGCUUCUUCAUCAUCACCUCCUCCAUCAUCAUUUUCAUCUUUGUCAACGACUAAUGGUAAUCAUUAUAAUCAAUAUCUUAACCAAGGCCAGGGAAAUUUUAAAGCGCAACAACAGCAACAGCAAUUCCAACAAAUGUCCAAUCGAAUGGUCGAUUUAAAUUAGAUUUAAGUGAUGAUGAAAGGAUGACAUUAAAGAAUUGGGAGAACUUGAAGAGUUUAUCGCUCGAGAAAUGAAAUGUAAAUCAGAGUCUGAUGAUUUCUUGACCGAUGAAUUGUUUUCUGAUCCAUUGGUUAACAACAAUAAUGGCCUCAAUCGUAAAGAUAAUGGUAAUAGUAAUAAUAGUAAUAUUAAUAAUAGUUUAAGUAUCAAUGGUACUUCAAAUGGUUGCCAUGAGGUUGACUCAAUACUGGACAAAUCACUGGAAUCAAGUUUCUCAAGUAGCUCCAAAAUAUUAGGCUUUCCAACUAUUCCGGAAGAGCAAGAAGAACAUCAAAGUCUUGAAAUGAUUAAUGAAGAUAAUCAACGACAACAGGAGGAGCAAGAGCAACAGCAAUCAAACGAGUCAACAAACAUUGAAAAAAAUGAGAUAAGCUUGGUAUCAGAGAUCAGAAUGAACGAUGAAAUGGAUAGAGCUAAGCAGAUUAACGGAACAAUGGUCAAUGGUCACAAUAAUCACCAUAGCCACCAUAAUCAGCAAACGUCUCUUGAGGGAAACCACGAGCAUGAUCUGAAUCGGACAAACAAUGGGGACGAUGAUCAAGAAGAUCAACAGAAAAAUACUGCAAAUUCAAGAGUCAAGUACAUAGUUUUCACAAAGAUCAUUGAUUUAUAAAAAAAUAUCUUCAGAAUUUACUUUUCAA